GGUGGCGCGCUUGGCGAUAACAUCCGACCACAGAAGAAGUCCUGAAGUCACUGCUGGUCAAACCCGAAUUCUGCUAGGAAGAAAACCGCAAGGAAAUGAAAUUUUAUUUUUAUCUCCGGCGGGAACAAUAUGCGUGAAUGAAUUUUAUACCUGAUUGCGGUAGGAGAGAGGAGACCGCCGGUCCAGACCGGGUCCAGAUGAGGAAUGCAGUGAGCAUGCAUCUGCCCAGGGCCAGCAGAGACGCCGGGAUCUGGACCCAGACCCGCAGUCUGCUUCACAAGAACCUGCUGAUCAAAUGGAGAACCAAGCAACAGAGUUUACAGGAGGUGGUGCUUCCCCUGAUGCUCCUGACUCUUCUCAUCCUCAUCAGCUCCCUAAACCCUCAUGUCUACUAUGGUCCCAUCAGCACUGUGGAGCUAGAACCUGAUGACCACUUCCUCUUUCGCGGUCUUGGCUACACUCCCAUCACAAAUGUUACCAACCACAUCAUGGAGGAGGUUGCGCAGCAGAUGCACCUGCAGGACCAUCUGGAGAUGUUUGCCAGUGAAGAAGACUUGGAGAAUGCCAGUCUCUAUGAACCCUCCAGCUAUGUGGGAGUGGUCUUCACUGACAGCUCUGCCAUGUCUUACCGGCUACGAUUUCCCUACAAUCAAGUGCCACUGCCUAGUGACUUCACUGAGUCCAUUGCAAGCUGCUUUUCGGGCUCCAUUAAUUGUCAAGCUGCAGACUACUGGUACUCUGGAUUCAUCCGCCUGCAGAGACUGAUUGACGCUGCAAUAAUCCAGAUGCAGACUAAACGUUCUGUGAGGAGCGAAUUGGAUCUGAAGGUGGUAAUGAUGGGGCAGCCUGGUUCCGUGGAGGUCCAGAAGUUCUCCCAUGCUCUCAUUUCCAUCUACCUUGUUCUGGCCUUUACACCCUUUGUCACCUUCCUCAUCGUCAACGUGGCUGCAGAGAAAGAGCAACGACUCAAAGAUACCAUGACAAUGAUGGGUCUCUAUGACUCCGCCUUCUGGUUGUCUUGGGGUCUCCUCUACGCUGCCCUGGUAACCACCAUGGCCCUGUUGAUGUCGGUCAUUGCCACUUGCACCGCCCUGUUUCCUAACAGCAACUUCUUUGUGAUCUUCUUCCUCAUCUCGCUUUAUGGAAUAUCGACAAUCUCAUUCUCUUUUCUGAUGACCCCGUUGUUUAAGAAGCCAAAGUUUGCAAGCUCUGUGGGCUCUAUGCUGACAGUUCUUCUAGGUUGCCUGUCCCUGUUCACAGUCCUGAUGAAAGACUUCCCUCAGCCACUGGUCUGGCUCCUGUGCCUGUUUUCUCCCAGUGCCUUCUCCAUUGGCAUUGCCCAGGUGGUGUACCUGGAGGCUCAAGGUGAAGGUGCUGUGGUCUCCUCUCUCACAAGUGGACCUCAUCCUCUUUAUGUCCCUCUGAUCAUGCUUCCAUUGGACUGUGUGCUUUACUUAUUGCUUGCCCUUUACCUGGACCAGGUGCUGCCAGGUGAAUUUGGAUUGAGGCGGUCAAUGCUGUACUUCCUUAAACCAUCGUACUGGUCCAGACAACGUGAGAACUACGUAGAAGUGACUUCAGUGUAUGACAUAGAGGUGAACGGCGCCCCCGCUGGUGGAGACGAAUCAGUGGAACCGGUGUCACCGGAAUUCAGGGGGAAGGAAGCGAUCCGCAUCAACAACAUCAGCAAAGUGUACUCUGAUAAAGAUGACAAGGUGGAGGCGCUGAGAGGCUUGACCUUUGACAUCUACGAGGGUCAGAUUAUGGCUUUGCUGGGCCACAGCGGCGCUGGAAAGUCCACUCUGAUGAACAUCCUGUGUGGGAUUUGUCCACCUAGUGGUGGUUCAGCCACAAUCUAUGGCUCUUUAGUGUCAGACAUGGUGGAUGGCGUGGAUUUGAAGCAGCUGGUGGGGAUUUGUCCCCAGUUCAAUAUUGUCUUUGAUGUCCUCACCGUCCAGGAACACCUGAACAUUUUUGCGGCCAUCAAGGGGAUUCCCCCAAACCAGGUUGAGGCACAGGUUAGUAAAGUUCUGAAGGACUUGGACCUGGAAAAGAUAAUGGACGCUCAGGCCAAGAACUUAAGUGGUGGUCAAAAGAGGAAGCUUGCAGUUGGCAUUGCCAUCCUGGGAGACCCCAAGAUUCUACUUCUGGACGAGCCCACUGCAGGAAUGGAUCCCUGCUCCCGACAUCAGGUGUGGACGCUGCUGAAGAGCAUCCGAGCUGGUCGUGUCAUCGUUCUCAGCACACACUUCAUGGACGAAGCAGACAUAUUGGCUGAUCGGAAAGCAGUGAUCUCCAAUGGGACACUCAAGUGUUUGGGCUCUUCUAUGUACCUUAAGACCAAGUGUGGAGUUGGUUAUCACCUGAGGAUGUCCAUCAAUAAGCACUGUGAUCCAGACCAGAUCUCCUCUAUGGUCCAGACUCACGUUCCCAAGUCCAAGUUAUCAAGGCAGCACGAGUCUGAGUUGACCUUCACUCUACCCUUUGAGGGUGUUAACACAUUUCCAGGUUUGUUCACACAAUUUGAUACUCAACCUCAGCUUGGAAUCGUCAGCUAUGGUGUUUCCUUGACAACACUCGAGGAUGUGUUUCUGCGCCUGGAGUCAGAGACAGGCGUUGACCAAUCGGACUAUAGCGUGUUUAACCGGCCUGAGGUGGAAGAGGACUGUGAGAGUGUGUCUGUGGAUGACACUGAUCAGCGGCUGUUGACGUUCACCGACAGCAGGUCGGACUUAGUGUCUGGCCAAGCUCUGUGGCGGCAACAGUUCAGCACCAUUGUGUGGCUGCAUAUGCUGAACAUGCUGCGGGAGAGAAAGGCCUUCAUCUACACAUUCUGCUUGUUCCUGGUCUUCCUGACUGCUGUCCUCGUAUUGUCUCUGGUUACUGGAAACAUUCAUAUCCACUCCCCGGACCUGCAGUUCCGACCUAUGUACCUGCUGCGCAGAAACCAGCAACCCCACCGAUAUGCCACAAGCCUGCUGGUGCAGAACUCUACUGGCUCUGACAUUUCAGACUUGAUCCACCAGCUGGAAGCCCAGGACCUGAAGGUGGAACUGAUGAAGCAGAACGACUACAUGUCUGCUGCUCCUCACAGCGCUGCCAUCAACGUGACUGGAUCUGCCAAGGACUUGAGCUUCAUUGUAGCAUUCAACAGUACAAUGAUUCACUCACUGCCGAUGGUUGUCAAUGUUCUGUCAAAUGCGCUUCUGAGAGGACUUAAUGGUUCUGGACUUAUUCGGACCUGGACCAAACCAUUUGACCAUCAAAUCUCAGACUCUUCGACCAAUGACAUGAUCUCCAUCGAGGCAAUAAAUCUGGGGAUGCUAGCAGCAGGGAUGCCAGCUUACUUUGCCAUGGACCACACUCGAGACCGUGAGAUCAAAAGUCGCUCAUCUCUGCGGAUCUCUGGUUUGUUCCCGUCAGCAUACUGGUGUGGUCUUGCCAGCGUGGACAUACCCUUCUUCUAUCUGAUUCUGACCUGCAUGACCACCGUCCUGUUCUCCUUCCACUCUGGAGACCUGAUGACCACCAGUAACCUUGUAGCUGUGGUUCUGUGCAUAGUGGGCUUCGGUCCGGCUGUGAUCCUCUUCACCUACGUGUUCUCUUUCGGCUUUGCCGGGGUUCAGAGCAACAGAGAUUUCUUCUCUGUCAUCUGUAUGAUGGUGUGUGUGGUGUCGUCUUUUCUGGUCCAGUUGUUUGGUGAUGAUGCUGUGAGCCGUUACCUCCACAACAUCUUGUGCUGCAUAAACCCGCUGUACCCGCUGAUGGGAUGUCUGACAUGCAUCACCAAGGCCAUGUUCCUCUCACCUUCUAGUGAGGAAACCUUCAACUGGGGCAAUCUACUGUUUGCAAUCAUUGCUCCGUACUUCCAGUGUGCUGUGCUGAUUUUUCUCCUACGGUUGCUGGAGCGACGUUAUGGGGGUCGUACAAUGAAGACGGACCAAUUCUGCAGAAUUUCCUAUGAUUCCAAACCAAACCUGGAGAAGGUCCUGGAUGAGGGUGAGAAUGAAGAUGAAGACGUUAGAAUGGAGCGAGCCCGUGUGAAGGAGGCGCUCACAUGUCAGUCCUGUCAGCAGAAACCUCUGAUCGUGGUGGACAACGUGAGGAAACGGCACGAAGGAGGAGGUGAUGGUUUCUCUGUCAACAAAAACAAGAAAGAAGCUGUCAGCAACGUCUGUUUCUGUGUCCGCAAAGGUGAAGUUUUCGGACUGCUGGGUCCUAACGGAUCAGGGAAAAGUACCAUCAUGCACAUGCUGGCGGGAGACUUGGAACCCUCCGCUGGACAGGUUCUGAUGGGGGACUAUAGCGCUGAGUUUGGACCACAGGACACCAAUCUGGACCAUGUGGGCUAUUGUCCUCAGGUAAACCCACUAUGGCCCAGAGUCACUCUGCAGGAACACCUGGAGAUCUACGCUGCCAUCAAAGGGCUGCGAGGGGACGAUGUCCCGGGGAUCAUUGAGAGGGUUGUGGGCGCUUUGGAGCUGAAGGACCACCUGAACAAACGGACCAAGACCCUGUCAGGUGGACUCAAGAGGAAGUUAUGCUUUGCUCUGAGCAUGAUCGGCAACCCCGAGAUGAUUCUGCUGGAUGAACCGUCGUCAGGGAUGGACCCAAAGUCCAAACAACGCACGUGGAGAGCCCUCCGAUCUGCCAUCAACAGUGGUCAGCGCAGUGCUGUACUGACCACCCACUAUAUGGAGGAGGCCGAGGCAGUGUGUGACCGGGUUGCCAUCUUGGUGUCAGGUCGACUAAGGUGUAUUGGAUCCAUCCAGCACCUCAAAUCCAAGUUUGGCCGCGGCUACUGCCUGGAGAUUAAGCUGCAGGAGACGGCAACGAGUCAUCAGGUGGAGCAGUUGCACGAUGAGAUUCUGAAGAUGUUCCCCCAUGCUGCCCGACAAGAUAGCUUCAUGACUUUGAUGGUCUACAAGAUUCCUAGUGAAGAUGUGACAAGUUUAUCCAAGUGUUUCUGUGACCUAGAGACUGCCAAAAACAGUUUCCAGUUUGAGGAUUACAACUUCUCUCAGUCUACACUUGAGCAGGUCUUUCUGGAAUUUGCUAAAGAGCAGGAGCAUGAGGACCAAGAGGUGGGUUCGCUCAGCACCACCUUCCAGUGGCAGAGGCUCGACUCAGAUGGCACCGGUCAUCGUACGAAUGACAGCAUUGUGCACCAGCUUUGAGACUGGAUUGGUACCAGGAUCAGUCUGCCCAGAGCUCCCAACUGCACUUGUCUACUUUGGAUUGGACCUGGAUAGCAAUGACCCACUUUGAACUGACCAUAAGUGUGCCUGUAUCCAAGCGUGUGAUGGGCUCUGAACUGGCUUGUGUGUGUGCUGACACUCUGGUGCUCCAGGUUUUUCACCUCACUCCUGCUACUUCCUCUUUCAUCUGUGUUCUGGACAUCCUUGAACACUCAAAUCAUCAAUUGCCUUUUCCAAAACUAGCUGGAACUAAAACGCAAGGCUUUUUCAAAACUUCAGUGGUUUUGACACACAACGUUCACACACCAACUGUGUACAGCAGAUUUGAGCCUGUUGAGUCUGUUUUUUGGAAAGUCUGGAAAGGAAGGGAUAGAAGGACAGACAUUUGAUAAAUGUUUAUCUGUUUAUGUCGGCAGUUGGAUAUCCAGAGGAAAUUGGUUAAAUGAGUGAUGUGGAGGUUUCUCUCUCGUACCCAAGGCAGGGCCUUUUAUUUUUCUUUCAUUCAUCUAAUUUUCAAGUAAUGAGUUUUAAAAAUGUUACUCUUGCUAACGUGACGUUUUAAGAGGUAAAUAACUUCCACGCGGUGGUAAGAACAGAGUUAUGGAAUCUUCAUUUUAAAAUGUUUUUAUCAGAUGACGGCUGUCGCCUUCAGGCCCGGACUUUGUUUUGUCUCUGAGACCUUAACUUAAGCCAGCAGUUGUAACAUAAUCCACUGGGUUAUAAAGUGCUACCGUGACCUCCUGGAAUUCAUGAUGAAUUAUCAUGUCAUUAUUUGUCCUGUAGAAAAAAUGUAAACAGAAAACACAAUGUCUUAAUGAUAAAAAUGUUCAUAACUAUACCAAAUCAGUUAACGAAAUAGUGUUUCUUUUGUUUUUAUUUGUUAUUGUUAUUUGAAAUGUUUGGAACGAAAUACAAACUUAACAGCUUAAUUUAAGUUAUGAGCAAUGAUGGUCCUUCUACACGGGUACUGUACUGGAGAUAUUUGUCAUAGACAGAAAGUGACAUGCCUUUUGUUUUUAUUUUUUCAGUGGUUUUUCCGAGACGUCUCACAGGCAGCUGUUCUAAUUCACAUUGUGUUUUUGAGACUUUUUUCACUCUAUGUUGUGUCUUCGUGUGAACAAAUGGAACUUGUAACUGCGCUUCGUGGGUGAGCGGAAUCAGGGGUGUGUAUAUUGUUUAACUGUAUUCUUUCUGGUGCAAUGAUUGGAAGUUUUGUGGCAGUUUCAGUGGCAUGUAGCUUCAACCAUUUUCACAUCAAGAAAAACCAAAAUUCUGCUGUAGGUUUUGGGAGUGUUUUGGUGUCGAAGAAGGUCCAGUUUGUUGGUGGCGGAAACUUGCACUAUUUUGGGGAAUUUUAGAUUAGUUUCUUUAAUAUGCAAAUUCAUCCAAAAACUGAAUUUAUUUUUUACUGUGUGUUGUUUUUCGCAUUAACCGAUUAUUUCUUGAAUAAAUGUUAACAAAAAAGCUUUGCGU